AUGUUUCUUGCCGCCUUGGAUAAAUUUGCCAACACGCCGUGGCUCAUGGUGGCGGCUGUUCUUGUCCACAUUCUUUGCACGCAAUACAUGAGCUCUCUUACACAGCAACUUGGCAAGGACAACCCACCGCCAGACAUCCGAUUUGGCUAUACAUCCGAAAGUUUGAACGCAUGGUACGACGCUAUUGGUGAGGACGGAUGCAAAAUCUACCAGCAGCAUGUAUUCGUCGAUCUUUUUCCGUAUAUGCAAUCCUACACCCUAGUUGGAGGCGCCUUACUGCUGCAACAGUUGCGCAUUAUUGGUUGGAACGAAAAUAUUGCACUCAUUUUCCCAAUGGUCAUGUUGAUGGACAUGAUCGAAACCUGUAUCCCGGCCUACGGUUGCUCUAUCUAUCCUGAAAAGCGGCUACGGCCAGCGUACGUCCAAGCCUCUGCUUCCGCAAACCAACUGAAGUGGACCAAUUUUGGGAUUGGAAUGUCUAUCCUGUCAAUCCUAUUCGUGUAUAACUCGUUUUUUCCUCCCAAACAUGAUGAAGCAAAAGCCGAGGAAAAGACGGAUUAG